AGCAUCGGUCUCCCCUUCGUCGCCGAUGGACACAGGCGCCGCCGCUCCGCCGCGUCUCCCUCCCUUCAGUAUUUAUAUAUGUAGAAAGCUCACCGCCGGUGUGCGGUGCGCCACCUCAGUCCACGCCGUGAAAAAGGAACCGAGUUCCAUGGGCUCGUUCGCUUCCUCUUGCGGCGUCCUGCCUGCACCUCCACACGUAUCCAUCCCCGGCCCUUCACUAUUGUGCCCCGAUCGCAUUCGUCUCGUCAUGGAAAGACUUCUUUAUCACAACCAGCAUGGAUCCUCCUCUUUCCUUCAAAAAAAAUUGGAAAGAACUUAACACAAAAGGCAUGGAUCCACUCUCUCCUUUUGUUUAAAGGACUCUCUCCCAUUAAAAAGGUGGCAGAUCUCAAACUGGACUAGAUUGUUGUGGCAAUCGAGCAGUUAGGAACAUGCCUGUAUGGAGCCAUGGAUUGAUUGUAAGCUGAACAAGUGAUGGAAAAACUUACAUUUAUUGUUAUCUUUCAGAGAAACCGCAUGAGCUUGCCUUAGUGUUUGGUACCAGGAGAAGAGCAUAUAAAAGUCUCCUUUCUCCUAGUGCACGACAUAAGUCAUAAUAGAAAAAUCUUGAGCUUCAGCUAGGCAAAGGAUUGAGCAAAUCUGAGCAGACCUGAGAACUUUCCACUUGUGAAAACAGAAAGAGAAACAACCUCAUGGGCAUGUUCUAAAGGACACGAUCUUCUUUGGGGCACACUAGUGUAUGAAACCACAAGGCUGAUUCAACUUACCAUUGUCGGAGAAGACAAACAAGAACAGAAGGAACGGCCUACCAUGUGUUGAGCUCUGCUCACUCUCAUGGCGCAAGGUGAGGAGAGUUCGUGGUGCAUGACAAGUAGUGAUCAUGGUAGAGCUGCAUCAUUCAGCCAAGCAAUUGCAUGUGGAUCCCAAAGGCGUGCUUCUGCUGCACAACCUGCCAAUUUCUUGGAGUUGCAACCUGCAGCUGCUCCUUAUUACUUUGGUGAGUUGGAGGAGGCCCUUAUCCAUGGCACCCGUACUUCUGUUGAUCACGGCAUGAUCGGAAGUGAUGUGGACACAGAGUGUAAGACAGCUGGAUACCUUGCAGCUAGGCCCCCCACACUGGAGAUCUUCCCUUCAUGGCCAAUGAGUCAUCUACAGCAGCCAUACAGUGGUAACUCGCACUCAGUAGGGAGCACCACUGACUCGAGCUCAGGUCAGAACAGUAUGCCACAGACCGAGUUGGUGUCCCCAGGGAGCAUGAGGGCCGACUCUGGGCAGCGGCAGGAAGUUUUGAUGGUGACCGUUGAUGACUACAACUACGAGCAAGGACUCGGAGCGGCAGCAACCACAGCUCAAAUCUUUCAGCAGCAUGCGGCAGGCCAAGACAAGGGAAAGCAUGGAUCCACAAGAAAAGACGGCAAGCUGUUAGAUGCCAAGACUGAGAGGCGAUUGGCUCAGAACAGAGAAGCUGCAAGAAAGAGCAGGCUGAGAAAAAAGGCCUAUGUACAGCAGUUGGAGACAAGUCGGAUUAGGCUUCAGCAAAUUGAACAAGAGCUGCAUGGAGCACGUUCACAGGGUCUGUUCCCGGGAGGAGGCGGUGCACCUGGAGAUUUGAGUUCAGGCGCUGUGAUUUUUGACAUGGAGUAUGCCCGGUGGUUAGAAGAUGACACCAAGCACAUGACAGAGCUCCAGGCCGUGCUGCAGCCUCAAAUUAUUGAUGCGAACCUGGGGGCCAUCGUUGAAGAGUGCAUGCGGCACUAUGAUGAGCUGUUCCACCUGAGGGCUAUGCUUGCAAGAUCCGAUGUGUUCCACCUGAUGACUGGCUUGUGGGCAACUACAGCUGAGCGAUGCUUCCUCUGGAUGGGCGGCUUUCGUCCUUCUGAAAUCCUCAAGAUGCUGAUACCGCAGCUUGAUCCUCUUACGGAGCCGCAGCUACUAGGGAUGUACAAUCUGCAACGGUCGUCGGAGCAGACUGAGGAGGCGCUUGGGCAGGGGCUUCAGCAGCUGCACCAGUCGCUUGCGGAUGCAGUGGGCGCUAGUCCUCUCAGUGACGGUGCAAAUGUUGCCAACUACACUGCUCUCAUGGCCCUAGCACUCGACAGGCUCGACACCCUUGAGAGCUUUUACCGUCAGGCGGACAGUCUGAGGCAGCAGACGUUGCACCAGAUGCGGCGGAUCCUGACGACUCGCCAGACGGCUCGGUGCUUCCUCUCCAUCAGCGAGUAUCACCGCCGCCUCCGCGCGCUCAGCUCCGUCUGGGCCUCCCGCCCUCCAACCGAGAGCAGCGUCGCCGCCGCCGCCGCCGCCGCCGGUGCAGAGAAUGUCAGCCCUGCUACAGGGACGACGAGCGAGCAAGCUGCUCUCCGUCCGUACAAUCACCAAAGCCAGCAGUUCCCUGGCUUCUGAUGAUCGAAGGUUGGAUCGAUGCAUGACAUGGUUGGUAGUAGCAGCUAGGGUACAGAUUCCGCCAUCACCGUCAGUGGUGGCGAGCGGAUCAACGAGGCCCGAUCGAGGGGACAGAUUGUAGUAGUAAUGUUCUUCUGUCAUUAACAUAUUCAUGCAUUCAUCGAGAAUAUGGAACAUGCAUCAUCAUCACUAGGGGAAAAAAAAGAGGACAAAAAGGCUCUGCUCUCAAAAUAGCUCCACUUGUAUUUGUUCCGCUGGCUCUUGAACUCAACCAAAGGUUAGCGCCUCUGAAAA